AUGGUCUCUAAGCCAGGUCUUGGUCCACUUGGCAUCAGUCUUGUGGUGUCGCUGUUCAGUCUGGUGCCUGCUACAUCUGCUACCCACGAUGUUCGAAAACAUGAGCAAAGCAUCAUCUCCGCAGAGGCCAAUGUCAUGCGCCGUGAUGUGGCGGCCACAGAGGAUGAGUUGAGGGGAGGGACGGCCAAGGUCAGCCACGCUUGGCAUGCCAGUGCUCAAACCAGCUUUCCACGAACGUCAGGGGCUCCGUGGCCCAAUCCGGUGCAUCAUGCGGUACAACAUGUCAAUCCCGAUGCCUCUCAAGGGACAGGCGCUGUUGGUCAAGGGCCUGCCGGAAAAGAUGCCAAGGGUGGCAAAGCUCCAAACGACGUGAAAGAGGCAGAGGCCAUCGUGGAGAAGUUUUUCAAAAUUGAAGCUAUGGUGGCCAGAGAGACUGGCCUCCCUCUCAACAGUAGCUCCGCUGCAGAAAAGGAGAUGGAAGAGGCUGCCAAGAAGGAAGAGGAAGACGAAGAGGAAGAGGAAGGUCGUAUUGAUUUACUCUAUGCUUCGAUGAUUGUUUGUGUGAUCCUUGUUGCAGGGCUGGCGUACUACAGGCUGAUGCUGGAGGUGGAGGGGCUUCGAGACAAGUCGCUUGGCCAUGGAACCACCAAAUCCUGCGAGCACAACGUCUUGGAGGGGAAUGCAACCUACGAGGGCGGUUGGCUCAACGGCCAGAAGCAUGGCAAUGGGGUGCUCACUGGCAAGGAUGGUGCAAAGUACGUUGGCCAGUUUAAGCACGACAAGAAGGAGGGACAAGGUGUUUACUACUACCCUUCGGGUGCGAAAUACACUGGUCAAUGGGCGAACGACAUGCAAGAGGGACACGGGAAGGAAGAAUGGGCUGACGGAUCUGUUUUUGAAGGUGACUUCAAGGCCGGCGCAAAGCACGGCCGCGGACAGUUUAUUUGGUCUACCCUUUGCAGAUAUGAGGGCGAGUUCGACAACAACGACAUGCAUGGGGAGGGUGUGUACACCUGGAGUGAUGGGCGUGGUUAUUCAGGCCGUUGGACACACAACACCAUGGGGCCAUCAGGGAAGAUGUGGUGGUCUGAUGGGCGAACAUACAUCGGCGAGUUCUUAGACGGCCGGAAACAUGGAGAGGGAACUCUGACUUGGCCAGAUGGCAGGUCCUACUGCGGACAAUGGCAGGAUGGCAAGCAGCAUGGCAAUGCCGUGGCGCAAACAGCCAAAGGGCUUAAGAGGCAAAGCGUGUGGAAGGACGGAAACUCGGGACGUCGAGCGUGGCACUUGUUACUAAUGGCUUCUUGUUACUACCAGUAA